AUGGCAGAAACGCGCAGUGGUGACAACGUACAUGGCUCCCAGGCUUCACCUGUUGCCUGCAGCGACGACCAGUCAUCAGCUAAGUGCUCACGUCCCAUGCCUCAUCGCGAGGAGCAGUGGCAGGCGGACGGACGUGGGGCAGCAUCAGCGUUCUCCUCAUGCCUCAAGCCACUGGCGGCAGCAGACAACACCUGUGGCCCUCCUUUCGCUCUUCUUUAUUUCAUCACACUUGCAUGCAUGCGCCCCUUCCAUAAUGGUGACUCUCCCACUCACUGCCUCUCCCUCCCCUCCCCUCCCGCCCCCUCCCCUCCCUUCCUCUCCCUUUCCCUCCGUUCCACCACCCCCUCGCAGGAGCUCAAGAGCAGCGCUGCUGGUCGCCUGAGACGCCAUGCCAUGCCUGCUGCCCGCGCUGCUUCAACUGCCUCCUGCUCUCACCUUGUGGCCGUGCCUCCACCAGUGGCUCCUCCCUCUUCUCUUGCGCUGUGUGCUCAUUCACCCAUUCACCUUGCUCCCACCACCGUGCUCUCACUAGCUCUGUGGACGCGCACGGGAAGGCGGGGAGGAGGGCUGCCAUUGAGGGAGGCAGCUGGAGGUGCUGCAGCUGCCUUGAUCUCGCCCUCACCGUCAGUUAAGUGUGCAGGUAACCCUCUCAGGUGGAGGGGAGGGGUGUGGGGUCUACACCGACGCUUCCCCACGCUCCUCCCCAGUGGCCAUGCAGGGACUCGUGGGGGGGGGAGGGAGGCAGCAGUGCUGCAGGUACAUCAUGAGGGAGAGUAUCGGGAUGGGCUUGGCCUCUCAAGCACCCCCUCGCAGGAGCUGCGCUGCUGGUCGUCUGAGACGCCAUGCCAUGCCUGCUGCCCGCGCUGCUUCAACUGCCUCCUGCUCUCACGCCAUCAGCUAAGUACCCGUUCCUCCAUGCCCUCACCCUUGCCUGCAACACCGUUUCCUUUGUUUCAUCUGCUGCUGCACCGUCCUCUUGAAAACACGCCACUGGUUGGGCACAGGUCGCAUGCUACAGACCUCCCUGCUUCAGGUGAUUCCCUCAGGUGUAGGUGGCGGGGAGGGGUGUGGGGUCUACACCGACGCUCCCUCACGCCCCUCCCCUGUGGCCGUGCAGGGACGCGCACGGGAAGGCGGGGAGGAGGGCUGCCAUUGAGGGAGGCAGCUGGAGGUGCUGCAGCUGCCUUGAUCUCGUCCUCACACGUCAGUGUGCAGGUAACCCUCUCAGGUGCAGGUUCCCUUGGUGUCUGUGGCGUGUGGCAUUUCCUCAACCCGUGGCCCUCCCUUCCCUUCCAGUUUUGGCACUUUUCAGUGGAGGGGAGGGGCGUUGGGGUCUACACCGACGCUUCCCCACGCUCCUCCCCUGUGGCCAUGCAGGGACUCAUGGGGACGGGAGGGAGGCAGCGCUGUAGCAUGGCAAUCCCACUGCAGCAAGGGAGAGUAUUGGGAUGGGCUUGGCCUCUCAAGAGACGGCUGGCGGGACCAGUUCAGGAGGGGAGGGGAGGGGCCAUAAUUCAGGAGGGAAAGGGGAGGGAGGCAGCCCUGCAGCAGACUCAACACACGGGAGAGUAUCGGGAUGGGCUUGGCCUCUCAAGGUCACUCGCAAUGCAGCAGAGACAGCUGACUGGACCAGUUGCAGCAGCAUCAGCAGCGGGGAGCACUGGUGCAGCAGGGGAGGGGAGGGGAGGGGAGGGAGGGGGACAUGAGGCAGCAGCUCUCGGCGGUUCUUCAGUUGCCAGCUAA